AUGGGGCCAGUUUCUUACGGUGGUGCGCAUGCUCUGGUGGGUGAUGGGAUUGGUUUUCCAACGUCGAUCAAUUUUUUCGCACCAAGGACCUUACAGGCAGAUCAAGACCAUGCGGCUUUAAUUCCAGUCUAUCUCAUGAGCGGGCAAGCUGGUGACUUAAUUGGUGAUGUAGAUCGCCAUUUGCUGCUGAAUUACCAUCAGCUCAAGUAUGAGCUGAAGGUGAUUGCUUUUGAUGGGGACAUCACUGGCCGGUUCUACGUUCUAUUCAAAAUGGUCAGAGAAUGGUCAGAGAAACUUCCAGAUGGAACUCAGGCUUGCCUCCACAAUUGUAUUCACCGACCACUAAAGGAAAUGACCGUUGAGGGAAUCUAUUUGGGAAAGCGCUGUGACAUAGAUGAACCUAGCCCAGAUCAACACGAGCAAUUGUUGGACGAUGAUUUAGAACCAGAGGACGAUUAUCCAGAUCCAUAUGAUGAUGAGCCAGAUCCAGUUGAUGGAUGGUUUGACGAUGAUCAAAGAGUCGACCAUGAACUCUCAAGGUUAGCAUUGAUUUAA